AUGGCGCGUUCUUCUUCAAGUGGUACUGGUGGUGGCAAGCGCAAGUCCAUUGGCAAUGGCAAGUCCACUCUGAUUGGUUCAAAGAGGCCUUCAGUUGCUGGUUCUCUCAAACAGGCUCCCAGGCCGCCUCCUGUUGAAGCUGUUAUGCCUAAUGGCACUCCACCAAUGCCACCGCUGCGUGGUGGAGAUGGAGUUGAUCGUACAUGUGGACGUUGCGAAGUCAUGGGCAAUAAUUGUCCGUACCCGAGUAUGGAGUGCCGCAGGCACAGGUGCAGUUCUUGCGAACUCUUUGUGCAUGCUCUGCCUCCUUGUACUGGUGGUCGCAAGGAUGAUGGUUACCUGGUUUGUCACUUGUGCAUGUUGGCGUACGGUGAUGUCCCCAAGAACACUGAUGAUGAGGAUAGCGAAGAUGGAAAGAGGUCUCCCGACAUGUUGGCUACUCAGGUGGACAAUCAAGAGGAUGAAAAAGAAGAGGAGGUUCUCGAAGCAGAAGAAGAAGAAGACGAGGUUGAAGUGCCAACCCAGCGUGCAACCCAGCGUUCUCAGGCGGCAGCUCGUGUAGAGGAAGUGUCGCAAUUGCUCAAUGGUGCCGCCUCAAAGGAAAGGCAGAAGCGUGGAAAGAACUUCACACCAGAGGAGGACGAGUUGCUCUCCAAGGCUUGGGUAUCCACCACCAUGGACUCGCGCAAUGGUAGUGAUCAGCGCCAAGCAGAUUUCAACAAGAAGCUGUACUACGACUAUCAAGACUUGGUUGAGGAGACCAACGAAGUGACCCAUCCAGAACUCCCAAUGGAUCGAAAGCAGAAGAGCAUUGUGUCUCGCUUCUCAACCAUCAAGCACGGUGUCAACAAGAUGAUCGGCAUCAUGAAGAUGCAUCCCAUCAAAUCUGGAGAAACCAUCGAACAGCACGAAACCAGAUGCCUUGAGAUCUUUGAAGAGACAUACAACACCAAGUUCCCUUGGAUUGAUUGCUAUCACGUGUUGGAAAAUUGUCCCAAGUUCUCCGCCGCUGAUGAUAGUGGAAAGACCAAGGCAAACGGUAAGAAAGGAAAGAAGCACAAACGUUCUCAAGGAAAGAGGCAGAAAGCUUUGGAUGACCGGAUCCAGCGAAUGCUUGACAACAAAGGCCUUGGCAAUAACAACCCAGCUGGGACCAGGGCUGUGCAAGAGGCUGCGUCCGUUAGCGAAGCCAUCGGUCAAAUCUCUACUCACCUUGUUGAUCAGGUCGCGGUGUCUCAAUGGUCCGAAAAUGACAAGGAAGAGUACUUCAAGAAUGACGCCAUGGAAAAGAAACUCUUGCAGCAGCGCCAUAUACUCAAGUUGCAGUUGGAAUUAGACGGGUUGAAGAAGGUCCAGGCCAAGAGCGGUGGACCUUGCAGCAGCAGCGAUGACGACGAAUAG